UCCACAACUGUUAUACGAUGAAGAAAUUCAUAAGCCGGACACAAGAGCACGGGAUUUAUUGGAAAAUUACACAGAUAUUUUAAAUCGUGAUUCAGUUCCAAUAGAAGCUGAGACAGAUGGAGAUUGUCUAUACCAUUCCUGUCGGACAUUUUAUCCUAAUGUUAACACUGAUGAAAUUCGAUUCAGGUGUAUUCAAGAGUUAUGUUUACAUGAUCAGUAUUAUACAUCUACGAUCAGUAAUUUAGAUCUUGACCUUGUCGAUGAUGAAUCUGUCGAAGACCAUGUAUUACGAAUCAUAAAUAAUGGAAAGUAUACGAGUGUUCUCACUUUAGCCGCUCUGUCAUCGGUAUUUGAUCGUCCUAUACGAUCGGUAUAUCCGAAUGUUAAUGGAGAUAUCGGUGGUGAAGAAGAUGGUUAUUAUACAUUGCUGAAUCGGACAUUUGAACCACGACAAAAGUCACAAAACCCUUCAUCAGCAUUGCAAGUUAUGUGGUCGGGGCCGAAACCAGAACGUGAUCGAAUAUGGCGCACAAAUCAUUUCGUGCCACUUCUCUCUACACAUCAACAGCAGAUGAAUACACAAUCAGAAAUGGAUUCUAGUACACUAGUUUCAUAUCAGCAACAUCAAUGGUCUUCUUCGCAUGAAAAAACGAGAUCAAGUAUUACUCUGAACGAAAAUGAACAAGAACUCCUGCAAUUGCCUGCUACCACAAUGGAUGUUUUGGAACAAGAAGAAAAUGAUGAAAACAAACCCGACAGCGCAGCAUUUUUAGCUCGGCAGACUUUCCUCCAUGCGGCUAAUGUUAUCCAACAAGUCAUUAGUGUAUCACCUCAAGUAAUUGAUUCACAACCGCCUAAGGUUAUCACAAAAGCUUCAACUUUCAUAAUUAAGAAUAGCGAAGAGAAUAAACAAUCAGUUGGAAAAGAUGGUUGUGGUGUAUGGUUACAAGAUCGAUCUGAGACCACAUCAUUUGUUUUAUGUAAUAACAAAUCGUAUCAAAUAGUACGACGUGACAAAAAGGGGAAUUUUAUUAUAAUGAAAGAAUUGGUAGGAAUUAUUUAUCCCAUAUUGUUGAAGAAAAUUGUCUUAUUACAUUUAAAAGGUAUCAAUGUUUACUGUCCGCUCCGUGGACUCUACCUGUUUAUUCAAUUCUCUUCUAGAAUUUAUGCUACCAGCUUAGACACCACAUUUAAUUUGGGAAAUUAUUUUGUAACGCCUACCACAUUUCGGAACACAAGCCUUCAAAAUCGAAAAACAAAAAAGUCACCGGUAUUCGUGGGGCCCAUAAUGGUACAUUAUCGCAAUAAUGCAAAAGUAUAUCAAGAAUUAUUAACGUAUAUUAAACGAGCAGCAGGUGGUCAGUCUCCUCCUGUAAUAGGUAUUGACACAGCAGCCGAGAUCAAGGAAGUAGUUGGAGCCAUUUUUCCGGACUCGACUCAUCUUUACUGCACACGACAUGUUCGUCAAAAUAUCGAACGACACUUGAUUAAAAGCCGAGUACCACAUGAAGACCGACAAGCAUUGUUGGAAAUUAUCCUCGAUGCACCCGAAUGUUUGAUUCAGUCAGAAACGUAUGAAAAUUUCGAGGAUCGCCUUCCUGAAUUAGCAGACGUCUGGCAUAACAUCAGAAAUGCUGAUAAAAAGAAAUAUGAAAAUGUCCCCGAUUUUCACGAUUGGUUUUUGCAAUAUCAGGCCGAACCCUUCCGAAAUCAUUCGAUAGCUGCUGUGGGAAUCAAAGUCGACUAUGUUAAUCGAGAUGGAACAGCUCGUCUAUUUUAUAAUAACGGUAAUGAAGCGUUCAAUCAUGUUUUCAAAAACGAAACUAACUGGGAAUUAAGACCAUUAUCAGAUAUGAUUGACCUUCUAGGUCGAUGCAUUACAGCUCAAAAGAAUGAAACAAUCAGGGCAAUGUACGACGGUGGCGAACUAGAGUUAGUAGCUUCAUACACAAGACAACAACGCCGUUUAAUAUUUCAUCAAGAGCAGGGUGUAAACCCGGCAAAUCUGCUGCACGUGGAACAAGUACCACCAGAACUAAGAAAAGAUAAUGUUAUUUCUAUUUAG